GGCGAACGAGCGGCGGGGCGGGUGCCGCGGACUCGCCGAGUUGACGUCAUGCUCAUCGCUUUUAACCAAACAGCUAACUUGUCAGACCUGGCGUUCGAUUCCGACCGUCCUGCCAGUCCCUUCAGCCUCGCCCAGAAGAUCGUCAUAGCCAUCAUCGCCAGCGUCCUCUCCGUACUCACAGUAGUCGGCAACUCCAUGGUCAUGAUAAGCUUUAAGAUCGACAAACAACUGCAGACAAUCAGCAAUUACUUCCUGUUCUCGCUAGCGGUCGCCGACUUCGCUGUUGGUUUGAUAUCUAUGCCACUAUUCACAAUGUUCACGAUAUACGGCUACUGGCCGCUGGGACCUCAUAUUUGCGACACCUGGCUAGCGUUGGAUUACUUAGCGUCGAACGCAUCCGUACUUAACCUUUUAAUAAUAAGUUUCGAUCGAUAUUUUAGUGUGACGCGGCCCUUAACGUACAGGGCUAAGAGGACUACACGCCGCGCGAUGGUUAUGAUAGGAUGUGCGUGGGGUUUCAGUUUGGUGUUAUGGCCGCCGUGGAUUUACGCAUGGCCGUAUAUAGAUGGCGAGAGGAAGGUACCACCUCACGAAUGUUACAUACAGUUCAUAGAGACAAACCAGUUUAUCACGUUCGGAACAGCCAUAGCUGCGUUUUAUGUGCCAGUGACAGUGAUGUGUAUAUUGUACUAUAAAAUUUGGAGGGAAACCAAAAAAAGACAGAAGGAUCUGCCUAAUCUACAAGGCGGCAAGAAACACGAUUCAUCGAAGAGAUCUAAUUCUAGUGACGAAACCAAAGAAAUAGAUGGUCGAGCAAGAUCCGAGUCCGGGGAUGCUGAUUCAGUGUAUCACGUGAGGGGUGCACUCCACGACGCCAGGUGGAGAGACAAUCAGGCCUUAUCCCAACGUCCAAAGCGAGGCUGGGCUGCGGUGAGGGACUGGUGUGUCGCUUGGUGGCACUCUGGUAGAGAAGACCUCGAGGAUACAGAACCGGAGGAAGAGCCAUCUGACCCUGGGUAUGCCACACCCGUGUCAGUUGAGACGCCGUUGCAGAGUACUGUGUCCAGAUGCACAUCUCUCAAUGUAAUAAGAGAUCCAUACGCUGGCCGCGGGGGAUCGGGGGGGUCGAGUGUCACGGAUGGAGGGACUUCUCCACUCCGACGUAAUUUCGAGACGCCUGCCCCUAUACCAGCUGCCAGAGACAGCCGAUCGCUGCCACCGAACACCAGAAUCAACACCUCCGCGUCACCAGCCCCAAAAUCAGCAUCUGCUGAUUCGGUUUACACCAUCCUUAUCAGAUUACCAGAUGCUGAUACAGAAAGACCCAGCAUUAAAAUGAUCACCGAAGAGUCUCCUCCGACGAACACAAGAACACACUAUCGACCUGCUCGAGGGGAUUCCGAACUAAACAUACACCCAGCUGGUCACGCUGCACUAACCAGACGGACAUCACACAUACAAGACGUGAGAAUUCCUCUAAAUGCGAAAAUUAUACCGAAACAGCUGGCUGGCAAAGGGAUUACUUCAAAACAGCCAAAGAAAAAGAAAACUCAAGAGAAGAAACAGGAAUCAAAAGCUGCGAAAACGCUCUCAGCGAUAUUGUUAUCUUUCAUCAUCACUUGGACGCCUUAUAAUAUCCUCGUGCUAUUGAAACCACUCACAGCAUGUACCAAGUGUGAUGAACUUUGGUCUUUCUUUUACGCGCUAUGUUACAUCAACUCCACUAUAAAUCCCGUGUGUUAUGCCCUAUGCAACGCGACGUUCAGGAGAACGUACGUUAGAAUUUUGACUUGUAAAUGGCAUAAUAGAAAUAGGGAAGCAAUGACAAGAGGAGUGUACAAUUAGCGAAAUGGAAUCAACAUAAAAAAGUAUUUAAAUGAAGAAAAUUAAAAAAUUGCUUAAGUUACGUCAAAUCGGUACCAAAAUAGUGAUUGCCCGGUUUUGGUACCGAAAUAUUUUCUUUAAAAUAAAACGAUGUAUAAAUACAAUUUUUAAUUAAAAUUUUUGGUAAUAUCAGUUAAAUAUUUGUGCUUUAUAACUUUUUGAAUCAGUGCGAUAUGUCUUUGAUAGGAUAACGGAAACUUUAAUGAUCUCAAUAAAAUUGUUUUUUCUACUCUGUUUUGAUGAUUCAGGACCGCUUUGAAAACCAUAUAUGCGUUUUUCCACUAUUUGAGGUAUUCCUGGAUUUAUUUGAAGCAAUGUUUUUGUUAGUGAGCGAGUCCCGUCCAUUUUAUAUUUAUUUUAAUAUUAGUUGACCGGAGGGAGGCGUUUUGUAAUUUUUCGUUCUUCUGUUGUAAGAAGAUCCUGAAACCGAAGGUAAUAGCAUGCAAUAGGAGUGAGCGAGUGUGUUUUUAAGUGAAUCUACAACGGACAUUGUGUCUAUAUUGUACUCGUAAGCUUGAGGUUACUUCACUAGUAAAAAUGUCUGGUGUUCUGGUAAAGUGUGAGCUUGUAGGAUAAACUCGACGAAUUUAGUGCACGAACGUUUAAAUUUCAUUCCUUUAAAUUGGUGUUAUAUAAUUUGCAAUAUAAAACUAUCCUCGUGUGAUAUGAUUAAGUAAUUGACCAAUGUUGUUUGUUGGAAUGUUUAGUGUAAUUUAUUUAUGGAUUUCGAGAGAUAUUCGAGCCUUCAUUUUCAA